AACCUGUGCUCGCUUGAUGCACUUCAUGCAGUGAGAAUUUCACACGACCUUAUCUUUCUUUUUCUUAAACCCUAAUUCCUACAACCAUGGCCAAACAAUCUUUGCAUCUCGCUCUACUUGUAUGCGAUACACCUUUACCUGAAGUGGUAGAAAAACACGGAGACUACCCAAAGCAAUACGCGCUCGUAUUUGAAAAAGCAGCCCGUAAUAAAAACCUCGACAUUACUUGGGACUUUUUUGACGUAGUUGAUGCUCAAAACUACCCUUCCUUGGAAGACAUUCAGAACAAAAAGUACGAUGCUAUUGUAGUUACAGGCUCAAAAUACAAUGCACACGAUAAUACACCCUGGAUUCUCAAACUGGUUGAUUUCUUACAUACGCUGCAGAGGGAGCCUUACAGUCACAUAGUAAAAUUGGUAGGAAUUUGCUUUGGUCACCAAGUGCUUUUACGAGCUGCUGGUGGCAUUACAGAGAGAAAUCCAAAAGGGUGGGAGGUAGGUUACACCGAAAUCGAAUUGAACUCUUACGGCAAGGAAUUCUUUAAAACGGACAAGAGCAAAUUGAGAAUUAAUCAACUUCAUCGUGACCAUGUAUCCGUUUUGCCUGAAGGUUUCAAAUGUUUGGCGUUCACAAAGGAUAACACCCACAAUCAUGCAACUGUAUCUGACAACCGACAAUGUAUUACUAUUCAAGGUCAUCCCGAAUUCAACAGAGACACAAUGAAGAUUGUGAUUACAAAAAGAACUGAGAGUGGAGUACUUCCAGAGGAACUGUCUUCAAAAUGCUUAUCUACAUUAGCUAAAAUAGGACCAGAAAUGGAAGAUGUCUGGUUAGUGGAGAAAUUUCUAGAUUUUAUUUUGAAUAAAUUAUAA